AUGGGCUCUCACUCUGCCGUCUCUCCGCAGCCACACAUUCCGCCCUCGGGCGUGUGGUGUCCGGCUGUGACCUUCUUCAACCAUGAGACCGAUACGCUAGACCUCACCUCACAAUGCCAAUAUUUUGCCUACUUGUCUCAGACCGGACUGGCCGGUCUGGUGAUCUUGGGAACCAACUCCGAAGCUUUCCUCCUCACCCGCGAAGAGCGCGCGCAACUCAUCUCGACGGCGCGGGCCGCCGUUGGUCCCGACUUUCCGCUGAUGGCGGGCGUGGGCGCGCACUCCACCAAGCAAACCCUUGAGCUUGCCCAAGAUGCCGCUGCUGCCGGUGCUAACUAUGCCCUGGUUCUUCCUCCGGCCUACUUUGGGAAAGCCACCAAUAUGAACGUGGUGAAGCGGUUCUUUUCCGAGGUGGCCGCAAAGUCCCCUCUACCAGUGGUGGUAUACAACUUCCCCGGCGUGUGCAAUGGGGUGGACAUGGACUCUGAGACAAUUGCCUCUAUUGUGCGCAGGUCGGCCGCCUCGAAUGCCAGCGGUCGUUCGAAUGUCGUCGGCGUGAAGCUUACUUGUGGCUCGGUCGGAAAGAUCACUCGGUUAGCGGCAACAUUCCCUCCCGAGGAAUUUGCGACUUUUGGCGGACAAUCCGAUUUCCUAAUCGGUGGGUUGGCGGCGGGCAGUGCUGGCUGCAUUGCCGCGUUUGCCAAUGUCUUCCCCAAGACGGCAGCUCAAAUCUACACUCUAUACCAAAAGGGCCAGAUCGAGGAGGCUAGGAAGCUGCAAAAACAAGCAGCGCUAGCUGAAAGCUCCAUCAAAAGCGGGAUUGCAUCCACCAAGCACGCGGUGGGCAGUUUCUCCGCUCGUCUGGCAGGAAUCCCAGACGCCGCUACGAAGCUAAUGCCACGCCACCCUUACGAGGAAGUGGGCGAUGGGGCCAAAAAGGCCAUUCAAGAGGGCAUGGCCGAGGUUGCGAGGAUCGAGGAGAACCUGUAG